AUGAUGGCCUUCCCGCGAUUUCUCCCGUUUCUGGCAAAUCUGCUACUACGGUCAUGGUCCGUCUUUGCAGCACCAGUCACGAAGCGCGCCGAAUGGAAGCAUGUGCAAACGACCGAGCAUGGCGACGUCGCGUUCGCGCUGGGCAAUGUGACAUACCUGGCCAACAUCCAACAUCCCAAGGCCAUCCUUGGCGGUAACUCUUCAUCAGCAGCCGCGGCGGCAGCAAGUGGUGGCUCUCUGGUGCCGUUCACGGUCAUCUUUGUCGAAGACGAACUCGUGACGGGCGCAUAUCUUCAGAGCGUGGUGGCCAGCUACUUGGAAGGAGACGACGUCUUAUCCGAAGACUUCCUGCAGGGAGUGUACCUCGCCCGCAAUGGGACCGCGACUGCGAGGCUAGAUAACAGCGCGCUGGCAUAUUUGGGGGGCUUGGAGCCGGUGUAUCUAUUCUUGGAUACGGGGUUUCAGGGUGUUGAUGACACUUCCGACCUUGCGGUGGCAUAUAUCAACGCGCCUGAAGGUUCAAACCUCACAGCUGGCCCCUAUGCCGCCUCAAUCUCCGAAGACUCGGUCUCAUUCGGCAUGGUCUACCGGCUGUACCGUGACGAGUACCGGGACUUCCUGUACGGCACGUACGACUCCAACGAUGGCGAGGGGACAUUCUACCCCGUCGAGAUCUUCAACUCCCGGUUCUGGGGUCCUAUGAUCCCGGUCUCGUCCCGGAUCUACAGUUGGAGCGAUACACUGCCGUUCGCGGAGUACAGACGUAUCGUUGAUUUGGGUGGUGUUCUCAUGGGCAAGUUCAAGUUGGCCCAGUUCGCAUCUGGGGCGAAUCCGUGGGAGUGGCAGGACGAGCACUACCCCUUUAACCCCCGCGGCGACGGUUGGCUUACCUGCUCAGCAUCAUCCUCCGGCGGCGGCUGCUCCAUCGCGGCGUACGACUGGCUUGACUUUGCCAUCGGGUCUGAUACAGGCUCCUCGAUGAGAAGACCCGCGGCCGUGUCGGGCACGUUCGGCAACAGACCCAGCCAGGGCAUGAUGACCCUCGAGCAGGUGAUGCCGCUCGGCGCGGCGACCGACACAGCCGGCGUCUUCUCCCGCGACGUGCGCGACUGGGUGCACUUCGCAAAGCACUGGUACACGCCCGAGAUGCACCAGAACACCUCCAUCACCGGUCUCUCACCCCUCGAGACCCCCGACUCAUACGGCUUCCCCAAGCGCAUCCUCUACCUGACCGACUACCUGCCCCUGGCCAACCCGACCGCCGAAGCUAUCCUGCAGGCCUUCAUCCAAAACAUGACGUCCGUCUUUGGCAUGACGGUCGAGGACCUGAACCUCACGGCCGUGGUGGCGAGCGCCCCGGAGGCCGUCCCCAAGUACGACGCUCUCGACAACGCCACGGGCGUCCUGGACACCAUGACGCAGUAUCAGCAGGUCGCCGCGCCGCUCAUGAGCGCGUGGGCCGAAAAGUACGACGGCCGCUUUCCGCCCAUCGACCCGGCGCGUCGGUCCGGCUGGCGCGAGUACAACGAUUCGGUGUACACCACCGCACUGUACGACGAGUCUCUAGCCACCAAGCGCGCGGCCGUCGACUGGUUCGAGUCGCAGGUGCUCUACGCGACGCCCGAGUCGUGUUCCGAGAGCAUCAUGCUGUGGGACAUCGGCACGGGCGGCCUGCCGUCGUACCGCGAGGAGGCGCUAAACACCAACAACAGCGCCGCGGCGUUCCUGGCUGUGACGCCGCUGGGGGCCGGCAUCACCGGGGCGAGUCUCUGUCCGAUCUACGGGUGCGUCGAUAUGACGAUUCCGAUCGGGCAGGUGGCGUAUUUCAGCAAUGUGACGUUUGGGCGGGAGAUGGUGCCGGUGACGGUUAGUGUGGUGGCGAGGAGGGGCUGCGAUUUCAUGCUGUGGAAUAUGUGGGAGCGGCUGGCUGAUGAGGGCGUUUUGAGGAGUGUGAAGAGGGGGCGGACGGCUUUAUAG